AUGAUCGGCGGGGGAAAACAUGGAGACUUAGACUGCCAUUCUCAAACUCAGUAUCAUAAGUUGGCAAUAGUUAAAAGUGAAUCAUUUAUUCAAGUAUAUAAAAAUCCAUCUUAUGAUAUUCGGAAUCGGGUUGAAACUUCACAAGGAAAUGUCAGUUCAUUAUUAAGAUUCCGAAUAGAUAAUGGGGAUAAAGUUUUGGAAAAUCAUUUAAUGACAGCUAAAAAUAAUGCUACUCAUAUUAGUAAAACAUCAACAAAUGAGUUAAUAAAUCAUUGUGGUAAUGAAGUUCUUUCUCUUUUAUUAAAUAGAAUACAUAAGGCAAAAUAUUACUGUGUUUUAUUUGAUGAAACUACAGAUGUAUCUCACAUAUUUCAACUUAGCAUAUUAAUUAGAUAUAUUUAUGAAAAUAUGGUCAGAGAAGAUUUUAUUGGUUUUGUUGAUCUUCAUAAGGACAAUUAUAGUGCAGAUGCUCUUGAUUUUGAUACAGAUAAUGAAAGUAACACAUUGGGUUUACAACAGUCAGAACCAACUAUUACAGGAGAAAUACUUGGUUCAACAGUUGUAAAAAAAUUGAAAAGUGUGAGAUUAGAUUUAUUAUCAUGUGUAGGAAUCGGUUGUGCUGGUUGCAGUGUUAAUAUGUCGACAAUAUGUGGAGCAGCAAUUACUAUACAAAAAUCUGCCAAGAAUGCUAUGAUAUGUCCAUAUGAAGUAAUAAAAGAUUUUGAUAAUAGGUUUUCUAGUGAUAAUAUGCAAUGCUUUAAUCUUAAUUUUUUGAUGCCAUCGAAUCUCAUGAAAUUUUUCAAAAACACUGAACAACUAAAUGAAUCAAUUAAAGACAUUUCUAAUCAAUAUAGUGAAUUAUUUGGUGAAUCUACAUUUUCUAUUGAACAAAAGCUAAAAGGAGAAUUAAAUCUAUUGGAAAAUAAAUUAAAAUCGGAUACUGACCUCACAACUAUAACAUCAGCUAUCACAUUUCUAGACAAGCUUGAUUGUGACUAUUUUCCAGUAUUUUCUUUAUUUAUUAAAAUUCUAAUCCCUCUCCCAAUAUCUAUUGCUACAGCAGAAAGAAGCUUUUCUUCUCUACGUUUACUGAAAACCUGGUUAAGAUCUAGAAUGAGGGAAGAAAGGUAA